UCCUCUUCACCAAGCCACUCUGACGUUUGUUCCACGCCUGGACUUGGACUUGCACUGGAAUGUGCUUUUGGUAGUAACACAAUCCACAACAAACACAGCAGCUCAGAAUAGAAACAGUCAGUCAGUCAGCAACUUUGGAGGUCUGGGGGGUCUUUACACAGCACGGUGGGGCAGUGGAAACAAGGGACAGGCAGUUGGGUGAACUUGAAUUCCCCUCUGAAAUCUUCAGGAAACUUCUUCUCCUUCUCCUUGUUGUGUUUGUGACUCGGCCAGCGUUUGAUGAACUUUGGCCUUCAGCCGGCGGGUCGCGGCUCGACGGGCGGCGGAGGAUGGAACAUGGAGAACCUCCAGAAGCAGCUGCUGUGUCCCGUCUGCCUUGAGAUGUUCUCCAAGCCCGUCGUCAUCCUGCCCUGCCAGCACAACCUCUGCAGGAAGUGCGCCAAUGACGUCUUCCAGUCGUCCAACCCGUCGUGGCAGUCGCGCAGCUCGUCCGGCGUGGGAAGUCUCUUCCGCUGUCCGUCGUGUCGCCACGAAGUGGUCCUGGACCGCCACGGAGUCUACGGUCUGCAGAGGAACCUGCUGGUGGAGAACAUCAUCGACGUGUACCGCAGAAACCAGGCCUCCAGGCCGUCGAGCGUCAAGCCAGAGUCGCUGACGUGCGAGGAGCACGAGGACGAGAAGAUCAACAUCUACUGCUUGUCCUGUCAAACGCCGACGUGCUCCAUGUGCAAAGUGUUUGGGCGCCACAAAGAGUGUGACGUGGCGCCACUCAGCAGCGUCUACAUCAGACUCAAGACGGAAUUGAGCGACAGCAUUGCCGGACUGGUCGCCAACAAUGACAACAUCCAGGCUGCCAUCACACACAUGGAGGGAGUGUGCAACGCCGUCCAGGAGAACGCUUGUCAUCGCCGGGAUGAAAUCGCCAGCCAGUUCGAGACGCUUACGGCCAUCUUGGACGAGCGCAAGCAGGAGCUAGUGGGCGUGAUCACCAGAGAGCAGGACGAAGAACUGCAGCGUAUACGGCGCCUCAUCGGCGAGCACGGACAGAGGCUGGAGGACAGGAGGCAGCUGGUGGAGACGGCCGUGCACGCCGCCGACCACACGCACGCCGCAGUCUUCAUCCAGAAUGUCACUGUCAUACUGGAGAAGAUGUCGGCGUGCGCUCGCGACGCCAACAUGCUGCGACCGCAUCUUUCCUUCGACAACAUGAACCAUUUUGUCAUCGACGUGGACGACGUCGCAGACAUGUUGAACGACCUCCACUUCCGACGCAGUUUGUGCACGCUCGACAUUACGCCUUGCGACACAAGUGGUGCCUUGAGAUACGAGUGACCCGACUUAACGUGUUUUUCCAGAUAUGAAUCGUCGUUCGGACGAGUUUUUGCUUUGACUUGCGGGUAAAAUGUUGAGAUGCAAGCGCUGUAUGGUGGCAGUGAACUCAAACAGCAUUUACUGAGGAAAACAAACAGCCACUGCUCACAGGCAUAUAUUCUGUACCCCCUGUGAAAAACAACUAAUACUACAACUUCAGCUUACUGAGGAGGUGUGACCGUGUGUACUGUAUAUGCGUAUUUGUAUCAUACUGCCCCCAGUGCCCAAGGCGGGCACACCAUAAGGCGGAGAACAAUGUCACUUAAAUUGAAGUAAAAAAAACUGGAAGAAACCGUUGAACGUUUAACAUAUUUUUUUUUUAUAAAGUUCAAUAUUACAGUGUUAUUUUUCUCUUAAAAAACACAUUACAAAAAUAGUAUUUUUCUUUUGGCAGAAUGGAUUAAGGGCAUUUCCUUUCAUUUCCGUAGGUAAAGAUGAUUUGAUGAUUUAACCGUGUAUCUCAAGGCACCACUGUAUAUUUAUAUACAGUAUAUAUAUUUAUAUUGAGUGUGUGUGUGUGUGUUGUCUUUCAGGUGAAGAUGACCUUGAAGAUGACCGAGAAGUGGACUGACGGUCCGCCCGCCCGUUGUGAGCCGAGCAGACGAGCCGCG